AUGGCAUCGAAAGGAGUCGAAGGGCCCUUCAAGGACCCGGCCAAAGAGGUCGACACCACGCAGACACAGGCUGUGACAGACACCUCUGCCUCGUCAUUGCGAGAACAGGUUGCUCAACACUACGGCUCCACGGAUGAACAUGUCUUCUCGGACCCCAGUGCCGCCGACUACUGGCGCAAAGUAUACGAGAAGGCACAGUAUGAGAACCGCCAUCGAUUCGAUCCUAGCUACCAAUGGUCAGCCGAAGACGAGAAGAAGUUGGUCAGAAAGAUUUUCCUACUGUCGUUCCUCGCCGCGGAGUUGCCCAGCGGCCUCAUCAGCAAGAAAGUCGGCGCUGAUAGAUGGAUCCCGUCUAUUAUGGUCGGCUGGUCCAUCACGGCCGGUUGUCAGGCGUUCCUGUCGAAUCGUGCGGGGUUCUAUGCUGUCAAAGUCAUGCUGGGUCUUCUGAUGGGUGGUUUCAUUCCCGAUAUCGUACUCUGGCUUACAUACUUCUACAAGUCCAACGAGCUGCCACUCAGACUUGCGUGGUUUUGGACUGCUCUGAGUACUGUCAACAUUGUGGGGUCCCUGGUCGCCGCUGGUGUACUUCAAAUGCGAGGUGUGGCAGGAUGGGCUGGUUGGAGAUGGCUCUUUCUCCUCGAGGGAAUCGUAACACUCAUCAUCGGCAUCUUUUCGUGGGGUUUGAUGCCUCCCGGCCCCACUCAGACCAAGAACUGGUUCCGGGGCAAGAAUGGUUGGUUUACCGAUCACGAAGAGUUGAUCAUGGUGAACCGUUUACUGCGGGACGACCCGAGCAAGGGUGACAUGCACAACCGAGAAGCCGUCGGCCCGUCCCUCCUCUUCAAGGCAGUCAAAGACUGGGAGCAGUGGCCUCUGUACCUAAUUGGCUUGACCACCUAUAUCCCGCCCUCCCCGCCCAGCACAUACCUGUCUUACAUCCUGCGACGUCUGGGAUUCUCCACGUUCCAAGCAAAUCUACUUGCCAUUCCCUCGCAGUUCCUGUUCGCGAUCAAUCUAUUGAUCAUCUCCUGGGUAUCCGGACGAGUCAAGGAGCGGGCCAUCGUCUCAUCCAUCUCGAACUGGUGGAUCUUCCCGUGGCUCGUUGCGCUCGUAGCAUUGCCAGAGUCUACUAGCACCUGGGUCCGAUAUGCCUUGCUGACGGGUCUUUUGAGCUACCCGUACUGCCACGCCAUCCUUGUCGGCUGGAACGCGAAGAACAGCAAUGCGGUGCGGACAAGAGCCGUCAGCGCCGCGCUGUACAACAUGUUUGUGCAGGCGGGCAACAUCGCGGCUUCCAACAUCUACCGGGACGACGACCAGCCGCUAUACCGUCGCGGAAACAAGGUUCUUCUUGGAAUCUGCUGUUUCAACAUUGUGCUGUUCUACUUCGUCAAGGCCUUCUACAUCUGGCGCAACAAGGUCCGCGACAGGCGGUGGAAUGCGAUGACCAAGGAACAGCAGGAGGAUUAUGUUAUCAAUACCACUGAUGAGGGACAGCAAAGACUGGACUUCCGAUUCGCCCACUGA